AACAUUUAAAUGUUCGGACCGAAAGUAGAAACAUACCGGAUUACUAAAUGUAUUUUACUACGGUUAUACCCUUUGAGUAAACCUGGUAUUUACAUUUUGUUGCCACUCCUAAACCUUUCCCUAUAUCCUCCGCCUCGCUCUCUCUCUCUCUCUCUCUCUCUCUCGUCACUGAUCUCGUUCUUCUGCAACGAAUCUGUUUUUGUCUCCAUCAACACCUCAAAUGGCGGCAGCUUUAGCUUCAAGAAUCUCCCGUGGAGGACGUUCAUUGCUUGGAGGUGUUAAGAAUGAUUUCUCCGGAUCGAUUAUUUCUUCCAAUGGAAUGAUGAACGAAAGUAUCCUCCUCUCUCAGCAGCAGCAACAGAGAAGGACAUUUAUUCAAAUGGGGACGGUUCUCAAAGUCGUGGACAACUCUGGAGCCAAGAAAGUGAUGUGUAUUCAAGCUCUCAAGGGUAAGAAAGGAGCUAGGCUUGGCGACACGAUCGUUGCUUCGGUGAAAGAAGCAAUGCCAAACGGUAAAGUGAAGAAAGGAGCGGUUGUGUACGGUGUGGUUGUCAGAGCUGCGAUGCAGAGAGGUCGUGUCGAUGGAAGCGAAGUUAGGUUCGAUGAUAACGCGGUUGUUCUUGUUGAUAAUAAAGACAAGAAGACUAAAACUGAUCGGCAGCCAAUUGGGACUCGAGUGUUUGGUCCUGUUCCUCACGAGCUUCGCAAGAAGAAACAUCUCAAGAUCCUUGCUUUGGCUCAACACAUUGCUUGAGACAACCAACAUAAACCACCACCCUUAAACCACUUAGUGUCAUCUUUUUCAUGUCCUUCUGUAAACUCUCUCAUAAUUAUUUUAUUUUGUUUUUGUUAAGUCUUCGUUAAACCCACCGGUUAUAUCUUUUUUCUUUGUUAAUUUUGGUUUAUUAGUGAUCUUAAGUAUGAAUCUCUAAUAGACCUCUUUACUUAUAACAUAUUUUAUUUAUAUUUUGUAUUAUUUGUUAUGCUGCUUAAGAUUAUUUUCAAAAUA